AUGGCUGUAUUCAAGUGUGUUGGGCCAUCUGUAUCAAAGGUUGUGUUGCUUGUUGACAACUGUUUUAACACACCCUCGAAGCCUAAGGAAGAGAAAAAGUUUCAAAUUUCCGAUGAGGAACUUGAUAAGUUUUUGAGUGAAGUGGACUGGUCUAAAAUUGAUAAAGAG